AUGGUGAUCGCCGCGAACGAGCCAGAUGUGGAUUCGCUUGUCAUGCAGAAGAUUCUCCAGUAUUUUUACAAAGCUGAUUAUGAUACGGAGUCUGUGAGCCAGCGCGAGGCUGAGGAGACUGGCGAUGAGAUCGUCAAGCCCGGAGGCAGCGAGCGGGAGAGUAGUGACGAUCAGGCCUCUGAUGAAGAUCGUGGUGACCAGGCCUGUUCCACAUCAGCCAGCGACGCCGAGCAAGAUCGCAUGGACGUUUCCAACGAGACGGUCCGCCGGUCCGGCAACGACCGAGAUACUAGCCCUUCCUCUGACAGUGACGCGGACGCAGCCGAGGAUGCAGAUGCAAAUGCAAAUGCCAACGCGAGCACAGAGGAGACGGACUCGGACUCGGACGAAGAAAAUGACGCAGACGACCACGCAAACGACUCCAACUCCGACGAUCCCUGCAACGCCAACAUCCAUCUCUUCCAUCUCCUCGUGUCCAAGGCCGCGUCUCAACUCAAGAUCCCGCCCCUUGCGCAUCUUGCCACGAGGCGAUUCCGACUUGAGCUCCGAACAGGCAUCUCAGGGCUGAACUGGAGGAGGUGA